CUGCAGUCUCAGCCUUCCAGGAUCAGGUGAUUCUCUCACCUCAGCCUCUUGAGUAGCUGGGUAAUAGGGAGAUGCUGAUCAAAAGAGGAAAAACUGAAAGGAGAAGAAAAUACUUAUGUUUAAGGGAUGUGUUUGCAACUCUGCGGGAGGAAUCCAUUCUAUCAAGCCUGAAGAAAACUGUGUUCCUAGGAGAGGGCAGGAUGAGGAUGCAGGCUGCCCUCGUGGGCUGGGCUUGUACCACCCUCUGCCUGGCUUCCUGCUCGUCUGCCUUUUCCCAUGGUGCCAGCACGGUGGCCUGUGAGGACAUGCAGCCCAAGCACAUCCAAGCCCAGCCUCAGCACCAGGACACCCACCACAUCACCAUCCACACCCACAGGUCUUCCUAUGUACCAGGUGACAAGAUUCCAGUGACGGUGAGAAGCAGUCGUGAUUUCAUGGGAUUUCUCCUUCAGGCUCGAAGAGGGUCCGAUCAUCAAAUCGCUGGCACUUUCGUUCUCAUUCCUCCUCAUUCCAAACUGAUGACUUGUUUUCAAGAGGCUGAUGCAGUCACCCACUCUGACAAGUCCCUGAAGAGAAACCUGUCAUUCGUGUGGAAGGCCCCAGCCCAGCCUGUGGGGGACAUUAAGUUCCUUUUAUCAGUAGUCCAGUCAUAUUUCGUUUACUGGGCAAGGAUUGAAUCAUCUGUUGUGUCUCAACAGACACAUAGCAGCGCCCAUUCUGACGACCGCAUGGAGCCCAGAUUGCUGAUGCCAACCCUUCACCAGAGGCUGGGCGAUGUUGAAGGAGCUGCUCCAGCUCCCAGGACCCCCAUCACUCUUCCACAGCAGCACACAUAUGUCUUUGCUGUUGCCCUUCCUGGAGCUGCAGAGGAGGACAACCUAGAUCCUGUUCCUGCCAGUAUUUGGGUGACAAAGUUUCCUGGGGAUGCAGAGACUCUGUCCCAACCAUCUUCACACACAGCCACUGAAGGCAGCAUCAACGAGCAACCCAGCGGGGACAGCAAUCCGACCCUAGAGCCGUCCCUGAAGGUCCACAGGCUGGAGAGGCUUGUGGCCCUCAAGAGGAGAGUCUCCUCAGAGAGCUUUGCUUCCAGCCUUAGCACCCAUCACAGAACUCAGGAUGAUCCCAGCUUUGAUUCACUGGAAACUUGCCUGUCCUCAGAUGGGGGUGAACAGGACAAGACGAAGGCCUCUAACAGGACCGUGACACAGCCUCCUCUGUCCACCGUCCAGCUUACCUAUCCCCAGUGCCUCUGGUCCUCUGAAACUUUCACAGGGAAUGGGGUCAGGGCAAGCAACCCAAUCCCUGUCCUCCAGACCUCUGGCACUUCUGGGCUACCUGCUGCUGGUGACCAGUCAGAGGCAUCCAGGGCCUCUGCCAGCUUCUUACCUCAGUCAAAGCACAAGGAGCUCAGAGCAGGGAAGGGAGAUGGAGAGGGUGGAGUGGGAUACCCUCGGCAGACCAACCCACGGCCUGACAUUGGGCUAGAGGGAGCCCAGGCCCCUCUGGGUAUCCAGCUCAGAACUCCCCAGCUGGGAAUUCUGCUUUGCCUGUCAGCCACCCUGGGCAUGGCCCUGGCCGCUGGCCUUCGCUACCUGCACACCCAGUAUUGCCACCAGCAGACAGAAGUGUCUUUCAGUGAGCCCGCUUCGGAUGCUGUUGCCAGGAGCGACAGUGGUGAGACUGUGCAUGUCAGGAAGAUUGGGGAGAACAGUUUUGUUUUGGUUCAAGCAGAGUACAACUGGAUCACUCCUUCUGUGGGUAGCAAGAAAACAGUCCUCUGAGAAGACUGUCACCCCAGACCUCUCAGUGGCCCUCCUUGGGCCCUGGAGAGUGUCCCAGACAGAGCAGAGAUAAUGAGAAUAACUGAUGAAGACAGGGACUCAUUGUGCCUCUGUCAACGUGCAGUUAGUGGAGGAACCCGGGAGAGGACACUUUCAUCAACAGAGGGAGUUAUUCCUGAGCUUUGUUGUCUUAACAUCUGUAAUUGGGCUUCCUUCUUUCUUUUUGCAAUUAGACGUUCUGUUUGAAGACUUAAACUCAACACAAUGAAUAUUGUAUAACCCGCUCAUUAACUAGACCCCUGUGGCCACUAAGCUUCCUCUGUUGCCGUAAGGAAGCCAUAGAAAUAAAAAUACUGUCCCUCCUUA